CUCGCCGCCGCCUUCCGCGCCGGUCCUUUGCAACGCCGUCCACACUUUUUCUACGCUGACCCAUCCUUCUCUUUCGGGGCGCCCCCUUUUUUUAUCGGGGGACUUUUCGGGGUGGGGAAGACUCCUCCGCCCCUCCUGCAGCCUCCUCCCCACCUCUUUAACUUAGACGGGCAGACUCACCGUUCUUCAGCUCGUGCCUGACGGAUGAAAUGGUUUUACUGGCAGGUUUGAAAGGUCUUCUUCCUUGUGCUGUCAGAAAUCUGAUUAGAUCAAAUAAACUCAACAUUAGCAAUACCUCCGGAAUGGCAGAAGGAUUUGUGCAGGCAAAUGUUAUAAUUAUGCAUAAAUCUUUUGCUGAUGACUUUGAAAAAUUUUGUCAAGCAAAUGAUGGACCGCUUCCCUUGCUGUAUAGAAGUAAGCCAGGGGAAUGGAAAUGUCCUUUCUUGAGCAACAGUUCUGAUAUAAGAAGUGACUGCUUGCAAUACAAGAAAUAUGAGCAUGGAAUAUCCACAGGAAUUAUGACAAAUCUGAAAGAAUAUUCUGAACAGUUUAAAGACAUGGUGACCUUUUAUCUAGGCUGUAGUUUUACAUUUGAAAAGGCACUCCAGAAAGCUGGCAUUCCUGUAAGAAACGUGGAACAGAAAUGUAAUGUAAGCAUGUACAAGACUGCUGUUCCUUGCUGCGAUACUGGAUGUUUUCACUGUAAUCUAAUAGUAACUAUGAGAUGUAUACCUAAAGAUAAAUUGAAGGAAUGUGUGCAAAUCACCCAUCCAAUGAAAAAAUCACAUGGAGCACCAGUUCACAUUGGCUCUUCUGAUUUGUUAGGAAUUAAAGAUCUUUCCAGUCCAGAAUAUGGUGAUGCAGUACAAGCUCAUCCUGGAGAUGUACCAGUCUUUUGGGCCUGUGGAGUAACAGGAAUAGAAGCCAUCAUCAACUGCAAAGCUCCACUGGCUUUUACCCAUUCACCUGGUUGUAUGUUUAUUACUGAUUUGGAAGUUGAAGAUAAUGCAUCCAGUAAUGAUAAGGAUCUCCCUGAAGUCUACUGUAUUUCUCAGGAUCCUUUGCAUUAUAGCAUUGCUUCAACAGCAGCUGUAAAGAAAAUUAGAUGCUUAGAAAAUAUAAUAGCGAGAGAUCCAGGGAACAGAGGUGUGAAACAUCUGUUUUCUCAAGGUGAACUUCUGAAGGCAUGCCUGUCGCUUUCCCAUGCAAAAUCGGUAUUGAUUACUACAGGAUUUCCCACCCAUUUCAAUUAUGAACCACCUGAAGAAAAUGAUGGGCCACCUGGAGCCAUUGCAAUGGCAGCACUCUUGAAAGCCAUGGGAAAAAAUGUAGCUAUAGUAACUGAUCAAAGAGCUCUUGAUUUAAAUAGGAAGAUUAUCAAGGAAGCUGUUGAGCAAGAAAUACUGCAAACAACUGUCCCUGUAAUCAGCUACCAAAGCAAUUCUCCAGAUUCAGCUCUGCAGUUCUUAUGUGAAGAUGGGAAUCCAGAAAAACCAAGAUUUAAUCAUUUGAUAGCAAUAGAACGUGCUGGGAUGGCUGCUGAUGGUAAUUACUAUAAUGCAAGGAAAGUUAAUAUUAAGCAUUUAGUAGAUCCCAUUGAUGAACUCUUUAUAGCUGCACAAACUCUCCCAGGAAUUACUACUACAGGUAUUGGAGAUGGAGGAAAUGAAUUAGGAAUGGGAAAAGUAAAAGAAGCCACAAAGAAGCACAUUAAAAAUGGAGAUGUCAUAGCUUGUGAUGUGGAAGCUGAUUUUGCAGUUGUUGCAGGUGUUGCCAAUUGGGGAGGCUAUGCAGUUGCUUGUGGACUAUAUAUCCUCAAUACAUGUGAAAUACAUGACCGCUAUGUGAGGAAAGCUAUUGGCUAUCCCAAGUUUUCCAAGUAUAAGAACUGGGCAUCAGCAUUACCUUCUGUGGCUAAGGAAGAAAACUUGCUGAAGAUACUACAACGGCAUUGUGUUCGCAGUGGAAUAACUGCAAGUUUGGCAAUGGAAGUUGAUGGUCUGCCAUUCUUUGACAUUCAUUCAAAUUUAAUCGAAAGGCUACGGGAGGAAACUUUGAAAUAAUACUCCAUCUCUAAAAAUAUAGUAUAUUAAAUCCAUUUAGUCCAGAAUAUAUAUUACCACUACACUCCCCGAUCAGAUAUCCUGCCACAAUGUACUAUACCAAAUAUUUUGAGACGUGAUUGUACAGUAAAUUUCUGGAAUAAUGUCAAUGCAGAAUUAAUAGAUUUCUCAGAAUGAUGUAUUUUUUUCAAUUAUCUGUGUCAAGAGUGUUUGCAUAUUUGCAGCAUGACUACUAUUGUAAAACAACCCAGAAGCAAAACGCAGGACUUUGUGUUUUAGUAGUGGUUUAUAUACAAGGCUGCUAUAUACAUACAUACAUAGAUGUGUUAGGCAAUCAAUCAGUCUUCAACUCUAUAUGGAGAACUACAAUGGAGAUAGA